AUGGGCUUUGAACGCAAGCAUAUCAGUUCUUGGAAGCACAGGUUGAAGCAGUUUAUAAAAAAAAGCGAAGAAGAUUCUGCAAUGAGAAGGAAGAAAAAAAGAGAAUUUAAAAUGCAAUCUGCUGUACAUGUAAGCAUUUGGCGAAACAUAACGGUCGAUGCUGGGGCAUUUUGUCUUCUUCAGCACAAUAUGAAGAUUAAAGCUGAAAACAGGAAAAAAAAUGCUUAA